AUGACUUUACCAGAAGUUAAUGGGUUCAAAUAUGUUGUUGUUGGUAUAGAUUAUUUUUCAAAAUGGUCAGAAGCCAGACCUAUAAAAGACAAAUCGGCAGUAACUGUUGCACGGUUUUUGUAUGACGAAAUAAUAUGCCGCCAUGGAUGUCCAAAAAUACAAAUUAGCGACCAGGGGAGAGAAUUUGUAAAUAACUUGAACGACGAGCUAUUUCGUCUCACAGGGACUGAACAACGAGUUACAUCGGAGUAUCAUCCGCAAGCCAACGGUCUGAACGGUCUGGUUGAACGUCAAAACCGUACAAUUAAAAAUUGUUUGUUGAAAGUAUUGCAGGUGAAUGUAAUGCAAUGGCCAUAUAUUUUACAAGGUGUCUUAUUUGCACAUAGAACGGCACAGCAUUCUUCCACUGGAUACACGCCAUUUAAAAUGUUAUAUCAACGUGAUGCUAUGCUACCUAUUGAUAUUAAUUAUGACGAUAAAGAUAAAAAUUCUGUAACAACCAAUAGUAAUCAGUAUGACUCAGACCAUCAAGAUAAUGAUUUAGAUUUAUUUGAUCAAGAAAAAUUUAAAACUACACUAAAUCAAAUGAUCGUCAUGAGGAAUAUAAUGGAAGAAAAAGCGAAAAAAAAUAUAGAUGAAGCACAAACACGUCAACGUUAUUCUUAUUCUAAACGUCAUAAUACGGGUCACAUAUUCCAAGAAGGUGAUAAAGUUUUCGUCAGAAACUUGUGUAGGAAUGAUCGGAAAGGUGGUUGGCGUCAGAUACCGUGGAAUGGUCCAUAUGAAAUAGUAUCUAUUCACUCUGGCAAUACAUGUGUACUCAAAAAUGAGUUCAAAGUCUUGAAAAAAAAAAUUCAUUUGAAAAAUUUAAAAAUGCACAAUGAAAAGAUGGAAAAUAAAACGGAAGAAAAAUAUGAUGCUGACAAGUCUGGAAGCAAAAGUAGCGGCACUGACAGUUUUAAAGAUGUCGAUAAUUUUCAAGACGUGAAGGCUAUUGAAUAUACCAAAUCAAAACUGAAUGAGUUGAAGGAUAAACGAGUAUUUAAUCCCGUGACGAAGCCAUGGCAGUUGAGACAAAACAAGAUUUUAAAUCUUAAAAUAGAAAAGAAUUUGAUUUAUAAAUACCGUGGAAAAAUUUUUGGAGAGCCAACAAAAAUCGUAAAUAUUAUUGGUGAUGGUAAUUGUCUCUAUAGGUCUUUAUCUUACUGGAUAACCGGGACAGAAGAUCAUCAUUUGAAAAUACGAAACUUAAUUGUUGAGGUAAUAUAA